AUGGCGUCCCUCGCCUCCCUCGCGACGAGUCUUCUCCUCGCCUCCUCCGUCUCCGCAAAUACCAUCUCCUUCAACAUCGCCCGCAACGCUGGCGCUGAGUCCGCCCAGCUCGAGCGUCGCCAACUGUCCCUCUCGACCGCUCCCCUGUUGAAGCGUGCCGGUACCGUGAAUGCCCAGUUGACGAAUGCCGAGGUCGAGGGUCUGUACUUUGCGAAUGUGAGUGUCGGUACGCCGGGCCAGAAUCUGGCGCUGCAGAUUGAUACGGGGAGUUCGGAUGUGUGGGUUCCUGCCAGUACGGCUAGUUUGUGUUCGAAUGCUAAGGAGGGUGGUUGUCCUAAUGGUGCUUUCACUUCGGGCAAAUCAAAGACUUUCGAUAUUGUCGAGCAGAAUGGUUUCAACAUCUCUUACGUCGAUGGUACUGGUUCUACCGGAGAUUAUUUCCAGGAUACAUUCAGCAUUGGCGGUGCUUCGUUGAACAAUUUCCAGAUGGGUUUGGCUACGGAUACUACCAUUGGUACUGGCAUCAUGGGUAUUGGAUACAACACUUCAGAAGCCAAUUUGGAUACCACGGAUGGAGGCAAUGGAACUGAGUAUCCCAACUUGCCAUUGGCCAUGGUCAACGCUGGAGCUAUCAACUCGGCUGCUUACAGCUUGUGGUUGAACGAUCUGCAGGCCACUUCUGGAUCCAUCCUUUUCGGUGGUGUCGAUACUGACAAAUAUACUGGUGACUUGAUUUCCGUCAAGGUUUACCCAGACAGCCAAGGAGGUCAAACCACUUCAUUCACAGUUGCUUUCACUUCCCUCUCAGCAACCAGCUCCUCAGGAACUGAUCAACUCACCCCCGCCAACUAUGCCGAAGCAGCCAUUCUUGACUCCGGAACUACCAUUACUCUUCUCCCAGACGAUGUUGCAACUGCCGUAUUUGAGGAGCUUGGAGCUACCGUUUCACAAGAGCUCGGUGCUGUAGUUGUUCCUUGUUCUCUGGCCGAGAAUACCGGAUACCUCACCUACGGCUUCGGCGGAACUGGAGGACCACAAAUCAAGGUUCAAGUCUCCCAACUUGUCCUACCUCUCACUUUGACCAACGGCCGAACCCCAACCUACACCAACGGUGAGACGGCUUGUCAACUCGGCGUCCAAGCCGCUGACGGCCUCCCCGUGCUAUUCGGUGACACUUUCUUGCGAUCAGCAUACGUUGUCUAUGAUCUCGAGAACAACCGUAUCGCACUCGCUCAAACCGACUUCAACUCCACCAGUUCAAACGUCGUCUCGUUCGCUAGCUUAGGUGCCCCAAUUCCAAGCGCCACCACUGCUGCCAACGAAGACCAAGUCACCCAGACCGCUACCGGAAUUCCAAAGGUUGAAACAUCAGGAACAGCCACCGGUAGCGCCGCUGCAACAUACAAUCCUACUGCCACCGGCUUCAGUGCCGCCAGUGGAUUCGCCGCAACAUCUACAUCAACAUCAACAUCAAGCUCAAAGAAGAGCGCAGCUGGUUCCGGACCAGAACCCUUCGCUUGGUCGAGAGUUGUAGUUGCGGGUGUAUCACUUGCUUUGGCUGGUGUUGGUGGAGGUGUCUUUGCUUUAUUGUAA